AUGGCUGCUAAUUCAUCAUCAUCAAGAUCUAAUGAUCAUCUUGAUCAAACUGCAACGAUGAUAAACGUUCAAGAGCUUGCAAAGAAUCCAAUGACAUCUAUCCCAAGACAAUUCCUUCUUCCAAAUGAUCAUAAUCCAGCUGGUUCAACAAUCCUCCCCCAUGAUCAAACAAUCCCAGUUGUAGACAUGAAUGAACUACAGAAGAUAAUUGAUGAUGAUCAUCAUGACUCCACUGAACAUCAUUUGGAUUUAGAUAACUUCUUUUCAAUCUGCAAAGAAUGGGGUAUUUUUCAGCUGGUGAACCAUGGAUUGGGUGAGGUGGUGGAGAAAGUGAAGGAGGAGAUUGAGGAAUUCUACAAGCUUCCAUUGGAGGAGAAAAUGAAAUACAGGGUAAGUAGUAAUGAAGGAAAUGUUGAAGGUUAUGGACAAACUAAAGCCACACUCAUGCAAAAGGAUGAUCAUACCAUUGAUUGGGCUGACAGAUUAUACUUGAUCAUUAAUCCUCUCCAUAGGAGGAACCCUAAUCUCCUUCCUCUCCUCCCUCCAUCGCUAAGGGAUACCCUUGAGAGUUAUUUCACUGGAUUGGAGAAUUUAGGAAUGAAGCUACUGUUAUUGAUGGGAAGAACAGUUGGAAUAGGAGAGAAAGAAAUGGUGAAUAUGUUUGAAGAUGGGAUGAGGUCGAUGAGGAUGACUUAUUAUCCACCCUGUCCCCAACCUGAGCUGGUCAUGGGUCUAACUCCUCACUCUGAUGGCAGCGGUCUCACCUUUCUCCUUCAAGUCAACUCUGUUCAGGGUUUGCAAGUUAACAAGUCAGGUCUUUGGCUUCCUGUUACAGUUCUCCCAAGUGCCCUUGUUGUCAAUAUUGGAGACGUUCUCCAGAUAAUGACUAAUGGGAUAUACAAGAGCAUUGAACACAGAGCAACGGUUAAUUCAGAGAAAGAAAGAAUAUCGCUUGCUGUUUUCUUCAACCCAAAGUUUGAAGCCAAUGUCGGACCGUGUAAGAGUGUUGUAGAUCAAAGCCCAGAAAACCAACCCAUGUUUAGGACUAUCCAAAUGGAAAACUACUAUAAGGAAUUCUUUUCUCGUAGAUUAAAUGGAAAGGCUUUCUUGGAGAACAUGAAGCUCAUCAACAACAAUCAAUCAAUUGUCUAAUUCUAGUACUACAAC